AAGGUUCCGUAGUGCGUCGUUGAGGAUACGACCACGUGACACAUGUGAUACUUGUGCUUUCCGUUCUUCUCUAAAUGCCACCAAAUGCCGCUGACAAACUCUGUUAAUUAAAAUAUAAACUGUGUCUCGGGAUUACGCGAUUCCGGAUGGUCGAAUGUUAGAUCCGAACACCAAAUUAAUUUAUUCUUUCGUAUUUAUAAUCUUGGAAGCAUAUGUAAGUUAUCAGCUUCGCUCUUCCACCUGGCCACUUGACAACUGACAUUUACUUGGUAGUGAGCCUGGAGAGGAGGGGACCAUAAACAGGAUACAAAUGCGGCUGAAAGACCCCUUCUCUUUAAAAACCACAGACAUGACCAAGCGGUCUAAGAAGCCUCGCGAUGAGGACUCGUCUGACGAGGUUGGCGGAUUGACGUGCCAGCAUGUGAGUAGAGCAGUGGACCUUAGCUCAGUGAAGAAGGCAGUGACAGGCAACCUGUGGUCGGUGUGCUCCGAUUGCCUUAAAGAGAGGAACAUGCUUGAGGGAGAAACAGCAGGAGCACAUGACAUUCUCGUGUGCCUCAAGUGUGGGUUCCAGGGUUGUAACCAGGCGAAAACUCAGCAUUCCAACAAACACCAGCAAGCUCAUCUCUCUGAUUCUCACUGUAUCACCAUCAGCCUCAGCACAUGGAAGGCAUGGUGCUUUGAAUGUAAGGAAGAGCUCUCCACUUACUGCAAUAAGAAAGCUCUGGCUCAGACACUGGACUUCCUGCAGAAGUACUCGGCAAAGGCAACCUCAGGUACAACUUCAAAAAUUAUCAGUCUCAGAGAGGAACCUGUGGACACUCAGAGAGGGAAAAGUCCAGUGAAUAGCACACUUAUCCCAGUCAAGGGCAUUAACAACCUGGGUAACACCUGCUUCUUCAAUGCUGUGAUGCAGGUAAAGUCAUAUCCAAGAGCUCACAUCACUCACCUGAAAUUUGGUUUAUGUCAGUUUCGUGGCCUGUCUCCCCGUCAGAAGGCCCCUCGCUUUAAGGGUUACCAGCAACAGGACAGUCAGGAAUUGCUGCACUACCUCUUGGACUCCAUGAGAGUGGAGGAGACAAAGCGCAUUAAAGCAGGCAUCCUCAAAGCCUUUAACAACCCCACGGAGAAGACAGCUGACCAGGAGACAAAACUACAAGUGAAGGCUUAUGGCAAGGAAGGAGUGAAAAUGAAUUUUGUCGAUCGGAUCUUUGUCGGAGAGCUGACCAGUACGAUAAUGUGUGAAGAGUGUGAACAUAUUUCCACAGUGAAAGAAGCCUUCAUUGAUAUUUCCCUUCCCAUCAUAGAGGAAAGGAUCUCUAAGCCCACAAACCCUACUAGACUAGGGAAAAGUGGGCGGGAGCAAGAUGGUCUGGCCUGCCAUGAUGACUCAUCCGCUGCCCACUCACACGCCAAUCGAAACAGCCGAAGGUUAAGUGGACAGAAGCUGCAGGGUCGCCAUUCAUCCACUUCUCAUGAUGAAAGAGGUGCAGAUUCGGUUUCUAGCCGACAAGAGGAGGAGCUCUAUGUGGCUGGGCGUGGCCUGGCCAGUUACCGGGCGGAUACAAUGGGCAGCCAAUCAGACUGCAGCGAGAAGGAUUCCAACCUGCAGGACAGCAGUAACGAUGCGGACAGCGAGGCCUCAGAGAGCGAAUGGUCUCCACGGAUCCCAUCUGUGUCCAGUCAUAGUAGCACAUCAGAUAAAGUCUCAACCACCACAACUUCAGCCUCAACAGCACACAAUCUAAGUCUGAAACCUAACCUGACCCCGAGUCCCACUCCCCUAGCUUCCAUUAAACCUCAGCAGGGCGGCGCUGUAGAGCAGCUUGUCAGCGCUGUGUCCAAGCUGGGCCUGGUGCACACUUCCACAGACACUCUACCUGUUAGUCACAGCCCAGAGGAACCGACCGAAAUCCGGGAGAGAGACCAUCAGCACCAUCAAGGGGCCUUCCAAGCUCUCUGUCACAGUUACACCCCCAGCUCUAAAGAGUGUUCCGUACAGUCCUGCCUGCAUCAAUUCACAUCUAUUGAGCUGCUGAUGGGCAACAACAAACUACUUUGUGAAAACUGCACUGAAAGGAGGCAGAGACCUAUGAAGAGGAGUGAUAAGAAGGCUGAGAAGGUGUACACCAGUGCCCGUAAACAGAUGCUUAUCUCGGCACUUCCUCCAGUGGUCACUCUUCACCUUAAACGAUUUCACCAGGCCGGGAUGAAUCUCAGGAAAGUUAAUAGGCAUGUGGAUUUUCCUCUUUUGCUAGACCUGGCACCUUUCUGCUCUGCCACUUGUAAGAACCUCGGUUCAGGAGAGCGUGUGCUUUAUAGCUUGUAUGGCAUUGUGGAACACAGCGGAUCAAUGCGAGGUGGGCACUACGCAGCCUAUGUGAAGGUCCGCACCCCCCAGCGUAAACCUGAACAGCGCCGGAACCAGUCAGGUUCCAGAGAGGCCAGUUCAGCCCCACAAGGUCAGUGGGUGUAUGUUAGUGACACCAGUGUACAGACUGUACCAGAGUCCAGAGUGCUGAACUCUCAAGCUUAUUUACUUUUCUAUGAAGAACUGCUAUGAUGAGCAUGUGAAUGCAAGAUGAUCCAGGCGAAUGCAACAGGCAAUAUCAGCUCCGACAACAGCGAGCACUUACUGCAUGAAUAUUAUUACUGUAUUUUAAUGUACGAAGGAUUCCAUAUACUAAAAGCUUGGACUUAUGGCUCAUUCAUUACUCAAGGUGACCUGAAUUAAAAUUGGGAGCCAUUAUAAUUGACGUAAAAUAAUAUUCUGAAUUUAAGUUAUUAAUGUUUUACAGCUAAUAUUUGAGCUUAACAUUUUUUAGGGGGGGUGUUCAUUUUGCAGGAGAAAUUGCCAAAGUGAAAUUAAGGAUAAAUAUGUAUAGAAUAUAUAAUAUGAGAAGGAGAACUGUGCCAAAAGAGACCGUAACCUCUGUUGUGAAAGGGAAACCCAGCACAAUAUGCAUCUGUUGCUUUCAGAGCCAUUUAAUCCCGUCAUAUCCUGCGCUGGAUCACACACACAUAGAUGUGCAAACAACGUCAUCAUUUACUUGGAGACAGUUUUACAUUCACACAGUUGCUUGACAAGAAUAUAAAAAAAAUUUUAAUUUGUUGAUUUUCAUUUAUUUUUGCCUUAACUUUGGUUUGCUAGCUCAAGACUAAUUUUCGGAAUAUUUUUGAAUGUAUCAAUAGUUUGAUUCAUAGGAUAAAAGUUGCUCCUCCUUUACAUUUUUAUGAAUUUAUAACUGAGAUAUAACUUAUUUCUCAAUAUCUAAUAGUUAAGAAGUUGGUGCAAUAUUCCUAGACUUUGCCUCAUGCCUAAUUGUUCUGUUUCAGAACUGAAUAUGAAUAGAAAACUAUUUUUUAUCAUUAUUUUCCCCUCAUGACUUCUGAAACUACAGUGCCUACAGUUCAUGAGGUCUGAGAUUGUUUUGCAUGUCUUUAGUAAAGUAUUCAAUUCAUACAGGAGUAUAAAGAGAACAGUAUGUGUAUAUACUGAUUAGAAAUACAUAAUUGUAUGUAAAAUAUGUACUAUUUAUUCCAUUUACUGAGCAGGUAUUGUAACACCAUAGAUUUGUGUGGUGUAUAAGGCUUCAGGGUUCCUCAGGCUGCUUUUUUGCUUGAAUUUUGUGAAUAUAAUCCAGUAUAAAUCAUUUAAAAUUAUCCUUUAAAUAUAUUUAGUUGAAGAAAA